GAGGCGCGGCCGUCUGCAACAGCCCCGGAUGAGUCUGCUGGGCAAGCCGCUCAACUACCGCGCCAGCCGCCGCGACGCCCGCUACCGACGCCUGCAGAGCAAGGUCUACAACUUCCUGGAGCGGCCGCGCGGACUGCAGGCUAUCAUCUACCACAUGCUCGUAUUCUGCAUGGUCUUCACGUGCCUCGCCUUGAGCGUUUUCUCUACGAUACAAGAGUACGAAGAAGACGCCAGAGCCAUCCUUUUCUACAUGGAGUUCGUAGUCGUAAUUUGGUUUAGUAUAGAAUUUUGCCUGAGGCUGUGGUCCUCCGGUUGUAGAUCUAGGUACCAAGGCGCUAUUGGACGAUUAAAAUUCCUGAGGAGGCCUUUUUGCAUAAUAGACGUGACGACCAUCUUCGCAACGAUGGCCGUGCUGUGCGCGAGCGGGCCGGCGUUCGCGGCGUCGGCGCUGCGCGGCCUGCGCUUCUUCCAGAUACUCCGCAUGGUGCGCAUGGACCGCCGCGGCGGCACCUGGAAGCUCCUCGGUUCCGUCGUCUACGCUCAUCGGCAGGAGCUGAUAACGACUCUCUACAUCGGUUUCCUGGGUCUAAUAUUCGCUUCGUUCCUCGUGUACCUCGCCGAGAAGGACGCCAACCCCACGAGCUUCUCCAACUUCGCAGAUGCCCUCUGGUGGGGGGUGAUCACGCUGUGCACCGUGGGAUACGGCGAUGCUGUGCCCAUCACGUGGCAGGGCAAGGUCAUCGCCUCCUUCUGCGCCCUCCUCGGCAUUUCCUUCUUCGCACUGCCUGCCGGCAUCCUGGGCUCGGGCUUCGCGCUCAAGGUGCAGCAGCAGCAGCGGCAGAAGCACAUGAUCCGCCGGCGGCAGCCCGCGGCCACCCUCAUCCAGAGCCUGUGGCGCUGCUACGCCGCCGACGAGCACUCCAUGUCGGUGGCCACGUGGAAGAUCCACCAGGUGCCGCUGCCCAGCCCGCCCUCUCGCGUCUCUUCCAGCUUCAAGCACAACGCGUCGUUCGUGUCGCGGCUGCCCACCAUCCGCCGCCACAAGAGCUCCUCGCUGCACUCCCCGUCGCUGGCCAAGACCGGUGGCGGCGGGGGCGGCAGCGGUGCGGGGGCGGGGGCGGGGGCGGCCGCAGGUGGCGCCGGCGCCGCAGCCAGCGGGACCCGCGGCUUUGCCGAGCUCAACGCGUCCUCGGAGAACCUCGACGAGGAGGAGGAGCAGCCGCGCUGCGUGCAGCUCACCAACCAGCACAAGGGCGCCAUACGCGCCAUCCGCAAGCUCAAGUAUUUCGUGGCUCGAAGAAAGUUUAGAGAAGCCCUGAAACCGUACGACGUUAAGGACGUCAUUGAGCAAUACUCGUCCGGGCACGCAGACCUCUUGAACAGGGUGAAAAAUCUGCACUUCAGGUUGGACCAAAUUCUCGGGAAGCAAGGUUCAAAGGCGAAAGAUGUGUAUGCAUCAAAAAUCAGUCUAGCAUCGAGAGUCGUUAAAGUUGAAAGACAGGUGGACGACAUCGAGAUGAAACUGGACCAGCUGAUCGAGAUGUACCUGGAGGACCGCAAGCGGCUCCUGGCGCUGCCGCUGCCCACGGACUCGGGCCCGCCCCCGCCGCCCGCCCCCGCGCCACCGCCCGCUCCGCCGCCUACGCCCGCGCUCCGCCCCAAACCCAUUCUCAUCGACAAGCAGGCGUCGGAGCCCAACACGCCCAUCGCCAAGAGCUUCACCGACGUCACGGCGGUGGUGCGGACCAUGCAGCGCGGCCACUCCGACCUCAGCCACCGCAUCCGGAAGCGCGUCACCCUCAGCUCCAUUCCCUCACAGUAUAUGUCAUCUGCCUUGACUGUUGAACCAUAUACGCAUGAGGGAGAAGUUGUCAUUGUGGUACCUCCUCUUAAUCCAAAUGAAGAAGAUCAUGAAAUAGAUUUUGGCAGCCCAAAGACCACAGAAAGCACAACUCAUGUAAUAUAUACCCCUGAGUCCAUAAAAGAAGAUCUCCAGUACUCAUGGGAUGGUGGUGAUGAUUCAGUUGUAACAGAGAACACUGCACUGCUGAGGAGAGCAGCUGCCACUGAGAUCAUCAUAACCCCUAUCAGUCCAACAGCGUCCUCUGCAGAUCUCAGUCAUAUGGACAGCCAGGAAGAAAAGUGUACAGGAGAAUCAUCAACUAUUGCAGAUAUUCAUAAAAUGGACUUGCUAAAGCCAGAAGUAAUUACACUUUCUGAUGAACCAUAAGAACACUUUACAUAAGAUUCUGGUAUAAAGCUGAUCAAAGAGACUUUUAAUUAUUAUGAAGAGAUAAAUGUCCGAAAGACAUUGUGGAAGAGACUGCCAUUAUGUUUCAUUUGCAGUGAGUUUUCAUGUGUAUGUGACAGUUUUAAAUGAAGUGAGUGUUUUAAAGACAAAACGAAAUGAAAUUACAAAAAUCAUCUUAUUAAUGGAUUGAGAAAGUGACA